AUGACCCUAUUGAGAGCCUCCGAGAGGAUCAAGAAUGAAAUGACUGACAAUGCGAAUCUCAUAGCGCUUGAUCCCACCUCCCUCUCUCUAUGGAUGGCUUCCUCUGAGGUAGACCAGAAAGCCUUGGGCAAUUUCGCCGCCGGCACGGCCAUCGAAAACCCUUUUCUAUCGGCGAUGCUAUACAAGGUGCUUGGGCUCUCGGUCAUGCUUUCGAAGAAGCUCCUUCGAGCCCGCCGAUUACGCCGACUGGACCCAACUCGGGAAACCAAAUCUCUUCAGCUGUAUCAUCACAUAAUCUGGCUCUCGCGAGAAGGACUUCUGAUUUUAGAAGCCUAUAUUUUACCUUUAGUGACUCCGUUUGUGGAAUUGAAGGUACUCUCUUACAAGCUCCGCGCCUCGUUCUAUCAUAUCUUUGUUCUUUUCCACAACCGUCCCGUUAUCGUGCCUCCAGAGGUCGAGCCAAGCGCCAAGUCGAAGCGCGACUCGAUGUAUGCCGCCGAUUCAUUAACCAUGCUGGCUGGAUUCGCGGCUGCAGAUAAAAAAAGGAUGGCGCUUCCGCCGGGCUUAGCACCAGUCCAGCCCGUCCAGCCUGUUCAGCCUGUUCAGCCCGCGUCGUCCUUCCUCCUCCCUCAUGCCGACUAUACCGCAACCGCCACCGCAUGCUUCAACCAUGCUGUUCUCUUAGCCGAUAAAUUGCUCCCUGGCUCGCAUCCCCUCCGCCUCUCUGUCAAGCUUGAAUAUGCCGCCUACCUCUAUGACUGUCUCCAAGACCCGGUCGCCUGUCGCCGCCUUGCGAAGCACGCCAUUGCCGAUGUAUACAAUGCGCAAGAGGGUAUGGAUGACGAGUCUUUCGAAGACGCGGCAGAGAUCGUCAAUGUUCUCGGGAAGAUGGUCAAGCGGGGUGGAAAGCCAGGCAGCAGCACUGCCGGCAGCAGUACGUCGCGAGAGGCUCGGUCGCGCAGUCGCAGCAGUCGUAGCCCUUCACAUUUAGAUACGAGCGUGCCGACCACGGUCUCACCCGUGCCCGUCACCAAGUCAACACCUGUCUCGGCAAAUGGGAAUGUAAUGGAACCGGCGGUGCCUAAUGCGAGUAUGAUGAAUCCGAUAUAA